ACUAGAGGGAGAUAAAACUGACCACUGGAGAGACCAUAGCUGUAUGCUGCCUGGGACCUUUCGGCUACCCACAGAAGCCAGCAUGUCUUGGGUCCUGCUUUCAGUCCUGUGGCUUAUCAUUCAAAUCCAAGUGAUAGAUGCAACGUUAACCCCCGAGUUAAAGCCUCACGAAAUAGUCCGUCCUAAAAAACUACCCAUUUCACAGAGAAGAGGGCUUGAGAACAACCAGACAGAGAGAUAUGGCAAAGAGGAAAAAUAUGCACCAGAAGUUCAAUAUCAGAUCAUACUAAAUGGAGAAGAAAUCGUUUUUCACCUAAAGAGAACCAAGCAUCUUCUGGGGCCAGACUACACUGAAACAGCUUACUCACCCAGAGGAGAAGAGAGCACCAGACAUUCUCAGGAUGUGAACCCCUGCUACUAUGAAGGCCACAUCCAGAACUCAAGGGGCUCUCUGGCCAGUAUCAGCACCUGUGAUGGGUUGAGAGGGUACUUCACACAUCGUGAUCAGAGAUAUCAAAUAAAGCCUCUACAAAGCACAGAUGAGGGAGAACAUGCCGUUCUUCCAUACCACUGGAAGGGACCAGACACAGUUCAUUACAAGGAUGCUGAGAAGCAAGUUGUCAGGAAACGAAGCCAUCUUCGAACUUCCAGGUCACUCAAAAGCCCAAAAGAAGACUUGCUUCAAGGACAGAAGUACAUCGGUCUCUUGUUAGUGCUGGAUAAUGCCUAUUAUAAGCUGUAUAAUGGGAAUGUCACUCAGAUGCGGAGCUUUGUGUUCAAGGUGCUGAAUCUGCUCAAUGUGAUUUAUAAAACCAUAGAUAUUCAAGUGUCUUUGGUGGGCAUGGAGAUCUGGUCCGACCAUGAUAAGAUAAAGGUGGAGCCCAACCUUGGUGCCACAUUAACACACUUCAUGAGAUGGCAUUAUUCUAACCUGGGAAAAAGGAUCCAUAACCAUGCCCAGCUUCUCAGUGGAGCUAGCUUCCUCCAUGGACGUGUGGGAAUGGCAGCUGCGAAUUCCUUUUGUACUACAUCUUCUGUAUCUGUGAUUGAGGCUAAAAAAAAGAAUAAUGUGGCUCUUGUUGCACUGAUGUCACAUGAGUUGGGCCAUGCUCUUGGUAUGCAGGAUGUUCCAUAUAAUACCAAGUGUCCCUCUGGCAGCUGUGUGAUGAAUCAGUAUCUAAGUUCAAAAUUCCCCAAGGAUUUCAGUACCGUCAGUCGCUCGCGUUUUCAAGGGUUUCUCUCAUCUAGAAAUGCAAGGUGUCUGCUGCUGGCACCUGACCCUAAAAACAUAAUACAACCAACAUGUGGGAACCAAGUUCUGGACAUGGGAGAAGAGUGCGACUGUGGCUCUCCUGAGGAAUGUACCAAUCUUUGCUGUGAGCCCCUGACAUGUAGACUGAAAUCUCAGCCUGACUGCAGUGAAGCAUCCAACCACAUCAUAGAAUGAUCCAGUGUCUAAUUCACAGAGAAGCUACUUUGCCAGGGCAGAAGUCCAGACCCUGCCUCUGCCAGGAAGCCCAACUAGGCUGUGCAUCUAUACAGACAGACCUAUCUCUGUGUGCCACGUUCUCUGUGAACCCACGAAUUUAAUCACUGAAGAAGAAGAAUAUCCCAAAAUAUGACUUGUACCUGUGUUGACUAUGUAGACAUUUUCUCCUCAUUACUCCAUACGUAAUAGAAUAUAGCAGCUAUUUGUCCAGCAUUUUUGUAGAUUAAGUUUUAGUCUAGAGAUGACAAGAGUCUUUAGAAGAAUUUGAGUAGUUGUAUGCAAAUAUACUCCGGUUCUAGAAAGACCGUUAGUCCUGAGAUUUGGGAAUCUGUGUAAUCUUGGAGCCAAGUCCUGGUGAACAAUGAAGGAAGAUCUUUCCUUUUCUCUUUCCAUUCUACUUUAUGUGUUUCUACCAGUCCAGUCACCAGGUAAGUAGAUAAGCUAAGGAGAUGCUGUAGUGGUCUUAUCUGUAGUGUGAGUGUGAGGAGCCUGAAAAUGUGGUUUUAGUUUCACAUUUUGGAGAAUAAAAUAGAUGAACCUUUGCUGAAUUCCUCAACAUACUCCACAGAAUUGUUGAGUUAAUCCCAAACUGCAAAAUGACAAGUAAUUUAACCCUAAAUCCCUUUGUUCCUUCCUGCGGGGUAGGAAUUGAAGCAUGCCACCUGCUGAGGGGGGGAGCUAGCAGAAGGAACAGAACCCCGCCCCUUCCUGUUUCUCAGCAGCCAGUUCGUCCUACAUCCUGUAAGCUUCCCGGAUUUUCUGGCUUGUGGGAAUAUUGGUUAUAUUCAAGCACUUUUCAUUUGAGCAAAUAGAGUUUCUCACACUAUCAUGUAUAAGAAUUAUUUUUGAGAAGUCUGUGUUGCUUGUUUCUUAGUGGAGAUGGAAAAGUAAGGCUCCAUUCAUUGGUUUUUGUAAUAAACUAUGCUAUCAAUAAAAA